UUUGCAACCGCGAGUACUUUGGUGCCUACUGUGCUGCCAAUCAGCUAAUUAGCUUGACCAUGUCAUUUGCUCAAUCUUACCGUCUCGUUCGCGGGUCUCUCCGUCUGAGCUCCCGUUUUGUAUGUUGCAGAUGUUAUUCAGUUGUGCAUCAAAAGACAAUAUAUAGCGGCAUACAGCCUACUGGCUUUCCGCACCUUGGCAACUACCUUGGAGCUCUCAAACAGUGGUUGCAUUUGCAGCAGACUGAGCCAGCAGACACCAGAAUUAUUUUGAGCUUAGUGGACCUCCAUGCUAUCACUCAGCCGGUGCCAGCAGCUCAGCUUAAAGCAUGGAAGAAGGAAAUGCUUGCCGUCUUGCUAGCCAUUGGCUUGGACCCUGCGCGCUGCAUCAUUUACGAGCAGUCUCGUGUUAGGGAACACACAGAACUUGCUUGGAUCCUCAGUACAAUGGCACCCAUGGGUGCCCUCUCUCGCAUGACUCAGUGGAAAGUAAAAGCAAAAACGGAAGCUGACACCAUGGACGACUUGCCGGCCACUGGAGGCCCGAACUUGGGCCUCUUCGCGUAUCCCGUCUUGCAAGCAGCAGAUAUACUGCUAUACAAGACAACGGGGGUACCUGUAGGUCAUGAUCAAGCCCAGCAUAUCGAAUUAUGUCGGGAUCUUGCUAAAGCGUUCAAUUCUCGUACACGCACCAAUACGCUCCUCUUGCCACGCACUAUGAUGCCAUCAGCAGGUGCCCGUGUACAAGAUUUGCGGGACCCGAGCAAAAAGAUGAGCAAGAGUGCCAAGAAUGCAAAGAGCCGGAUACUGCUGAUAGAUACGGAAGAGACCAUCAUCAGCAAGAUUGCAAGCGCGGUGACGGAUAGCGAGCUGGGCGUCACCUAUGAGCCCAAGAAGCGGCCCGGCGUGGCAAACUUGCUUGAUCUCGCGGCCGCCUUCAAUACCGAUGGGCGCACAGCUCAAGACCUUGCCAAGGAUUGGAAAGAUCUGACUCACAAGCAAGUCAAAGGUCAGAUUGCCAAGAGCCUCAACACUGGCAUCACGCCGAUCCGUGAACGCUUCUAUGAGUUGACGCAGUGUUCGUCUGGACAACAACGGCUCGAUGCUGUUGCUGAAGAAGGUGCAGAGAAGGCUCGCGUUAUUGCUGCUGAGACCAUGGUCGUUGUACGCGAAAAGAUGGGCCUUCAUUGAUUAAGAAUAUAUACAAGAAGUGGAACUUACGAUUACAGCUGCAUUACUCAGAAUCUUCUCCACUCUCACUGUUCGAGUCAUCGUCGUCGUCGCUGCCUUCUUCCUCUUCCUCUUCCUCUUCCUCUUCUCCUUCUUCUUCCUCUUCCUGCUCCUCCUCUUCUUCAGCUUCU